AUGGGUUGCCCCUGUCACUUAAUACACAAUAUCGCCUGCAAAGCUUCUGAGGCAUUUUGUGAUACCUCCAAAUUUAGCCUGGAAGACAUGUGUGUUGACAGUUACUAUUAUUCUGACAAGAGCACUAAGCAAAAAUCACUUUUGGUAGAAUUUGCUGAUUUUCUAGAUGUUGAAUACCGUCAAGUCAUCAAACAUGUGAACACACAUUCGUUAAGCCUGGAAACAGCUGUGAGGCGGAACUUGGAUAUGUAUCCAGCAUUGAAGAGCUAUUUCCGGUCCAACACAGAGAGUAAUCCUAGAUUCAAGCGCCUGAAACAACAGUUUGCAGACCCCAUGGUAGAAGUUUACCAUUUAUUUUUUCAGGCACUGUUGCCAACGUUCUUCUUUCCAAACAAGGUUCUGCAGAGGGAAGAUCCCUGCAUUUAUGCUGCCCAUGGACAGUUGAAUGAAUUUGUUCAAUGCCUUCUGGGCAAGUUUGUUCUGAUUGACAAGAUUAAGGCUGCAAAAACCGUUGACAAAGUAACUUUUGAAGAAGAAAGUCAACAACUGAAAGACGGGCAGCUAUUUAUUGGCUUUGCAACCAGAAAACUACUUACCAAACUUGUCAAUAAGGGUUACAUAGGUGAAACAAAGAGAGAUCAGUUUUACCAAGCAAGAUGAUGCACUAAUCCAUGCUAGAUUUGUGGACUUUUUUCAGAGAGAGAAUGCCUCCCUUGAGGAUGUAGAAUUCUUUCUGAAGAAUUAUCACACAGUUCUGCCAACUACUGCAUGGGAAACCCACUUGCUUCAAGAAGAGUUUGUGGAGUAUCAGCUUCUAAGUAAUGAAGACAUUCCCAAGAAAGUCUGGGAUGAAGCCCAAAUAAAACUUUCAAAUGAGGAAAAUGAAGAAAAAUCAUCAUCCAGUUUUCGCAUGGAUGUGAUCUGGGGAUAUCGGUCAUCACUGAAACUAGGAAAUGGUAGACAUAAUUUUAGUGGGAUAAAAGAUGUAGCCAAAACAGUUCUUAUUCUACCACACUCCAAUGCAGGUGAAGAACGAGUUUUUUCUCUUAUUAGAAAAAACAAAACAGCUUUUCGGCCUUCUCUUCAGGUUGAUGGUACACUAGCCUCUGUGCUUACCAUCAAAACGGCCAACAAAGAGUCAUCAUUUGAACCACCUGCAGAUCUCUUAAGCAGUGCCAAGAAAGCUACCUGGAACUAUAACAAAGAGCAUCUGACUCGGGGAUCAGAUCAAAGUGACAGCAAGUAG